CGAAACAUUCAUCGAUGUUUUUCUCCAUUUGCUGUCAAAGUUAGAUUCGCCCUUCUUUGAUAAACUGCUGGAAUGAAUAUUUACAAACAAAACAAAGGGAGGUUCUCAGGCACUAUAAAAACGAAUAGAUUUACAGUAACUGUUUUUAGUAAUUGCAGACAUAUUAGUCCAAAAGUGACUGAGCAUAUUUGAUAGAAAAAUGAAAUCCAACCAGCUACCGGAUGUCAUACCAAAGAGUGAAGAACAGUCAAAUAGCUCAGUAGCGUCUUCCACCCAAGCAAAUGAUUCUCCAAAUAAAUACAAAUGUCUGAUUUGUGGUAAACAGUUUGCCAACAAUAGUACUCUAAAAAAACACGUCUUAUUUCAUGAAGACAAACGAGCAUUUAGUUGUGAUAUUUGCGGCAAAAGUUAUAAUUCGAAGGGUCACCUAAGCAGGCAUAUGACUGUCCAUACCGGAGACAAACCGUUCUCGUGCGAUGUGUGUGGCAAAGGAUAUUAUGACAAUCAAUCACUAAAGUUUCACAAAAAUAUUCAUACUGGUGAGCGACCGUACAAAUGCACUGUAUGUGGAAAAGAUUUUUACGCUAAACCGACUUUCGACCGACAUAUGGUCCUUCACACAAACGAGCGUCCUUACAAAUGCACCGUAUGCGGAAAAGAUUUUGUCACGAAUAUUUACUUGUCUAAACACAUGCACACUCACAAACAAGUGGGGUAUGAUGAGAGCAGCCAAGAAUUUGUGGUCAUACCGCCGUUGAAAGAUCACGAAAACAUCCCCAUAGGAGAGCAGUCGUACCAAUGCACAGUAUGUGAAAAAAUCUUUACCACUAAGGCUGAACUAGACGUGCACAUGACCAGAUACACGGAUGAAGAAUAUAAGCAUAGGUGUGAUGUGUGUGGCAAAGGGUUCGUGCAAAAAUCGUGUUUGAACGACCACCUAAACAGUCAUACAGGAAAGCGUCCUUAUCAAUGCGGCGUAUGCGGAAAAGAUUUUGCCACUUACAAUAACCUAGCCCAACACACAUCAAUUCACACGGGUAUUCGGUAUAAAUGCGAUGUUUGUGGCAAAGAAUACUCUAGGAAGUUAAAACUGACGCUACACAAACGAGUUCAUACAACUGAGCAUUCAGUUGAUUCGCUGCAUAUCGAACCGACAGAUCACGAAGGCGUCAUUCCAGCCAAACAGGAGAAUGCAACGAAUGAACCUACAAAACUCGAUGACAAUGAUAGUGUGAAUGAUGACCAUCCACCGUACGGUUCCGGUAGUUGCGAUAAAAUUAAUCCAACUGAGGUGAAAACCGACCAGGUAAUAUCUGCUAAUUCAGUAGCAUCUUCCAGUCGAAAAAAACAUUCUCCAAAUCAACACAGAUGUUUUACCUGUGACAAACAAUUCACCAACAAGAGCGAUCUCUACAAACACGUUGUAUUGCAUGAAGUCGAGCGGCCUUUCAACUGCGAUAUUUGCGGUAAAAGUUAUAUUUCGAAGAGCCACCUAACCAGACAUAUGACCGGUCAUACCGGGGACAAACCGUUCGUGUGUGAUGUAUGUGGCAAAAGAUUUCACGACAAUCAAUCGCUAACGUUUCACAAAAUUAUUCAUACCGGUGAGCGACCGUUCAAAUGCACUGCAUGUGAACAAACGUUUGUCACUAAGCGGGAACUGAACGUACACAUGCCCACCCAUACCGGCGAUUAUAAGUACAAGUGUGAUGUAUGCGGUAAAGGGUUCAUGUUCCAAUCGCGCUUGAAAUAUCACAGAAACAUUCAUUCGGGUGAGCGGCCUUACGAAUGCACAGUUUGCGACAAAGAUUUUGCCACUAAAGCUGGUUUAACCCAACACAUCGCCAUUCACACGAGUCGACAUAAGUGUGAAGUGUGUGGCAAACGGUACUGUAAGACGUCAAGCUUAAAAUUGCAUGAACGUACUCAUACUACGGAACAGUCAAGUAAUUAAGGUUCCUGUUGCAAUACUGCUUCUUAUCUAAUACCCUUGAAAUCAGGAAAAUGACAUGCCUUUUUAUACAACCUGUAUCGGAGUAAGAUGUAUGUGAUGAAUGUCAACAGCGGAGGUCGACACUCAGCAGCUAAAUCAGGCUAAAUCCUGAAACGUCAAACAGUCGCACAACACCGUAUUGCAAUUCAGAUUAUUUAAAACAGUGAUACUGAUGCUAAUUGUCCAGCCUCACUCCUGCAAUAGAGUAAGCUGAACAAGUUAUUUCGAGGGUGAUAAUUUUGUUUCACAGUUAUUUUAUUUGACACGGGUCAACGGAGUCGGAUUAGCAUAAUACGUUUAUAGAAAAUAUAAAAUACGUUAACCGAAUUUCUCUUUAAAAAAUCAAUUUUAUUAGCACUGAAUCUUGCCCAAGCAACAUAUUUUAUCCGCUGUUUUUCAAAGAAAGGCGAAUGAUUCGGUUAGAUUCGGUUAGAUUCGCCGCGAAUCUAACAUUGACAGCAAAUGGAGAAAAACAUCCCGCAUACGCAUGGCUGCCUGACUAAACGCUGCCAGCGGGAAAAAUAUGGCUGGCAGACACUCUGGUGACCGACUGCCUCACCGCUACCAGAUAUACAACUCAAACGAUACAACCGUAUCCACCAGGAUUUUCCCACAUUGAAAUCUUUGACAUUUUCAGCGAAGGUGAGAAAAUGAAAACACUCGGCUAACUUAGAUACUUCUUCUUCUUCUUCCUUUCUGGUUGGCGUCACCUCACUUGAGAUGACGCCGAAUUGAUGGCACAGCAACUAAGGCUAUAUUGCCAGUUAAUUUUCGUUUAUAGUCCAGUGGACUUUCUUUUCACUUGACUACAAGCGAAAAUCUCGCUGUGUGGCUGCGUCGAAUCGUCAAAGUACGGCUGAAAAUCCUUUCUUUCUUGCGAAAUACUCGAAUUUUCCCCGGACUAACACGAUGCAACGUGCUCACCCGUUGAGAGUUUCACCGGAAGUGUAACUUAGAUACGGACGACUAUGUUUUGUCAAAUUGGAUUUGACAAC